GAGGCGCGUGGGGUUUGGGCACGGGAAUUUUUCCUCUCAAGCGGCGUCGAGUGAUUCUCUCUUUGGCGCUUUGCUCCCUCUCGCCGGGCGCGCGCAUCUGAUGAUCCAAACGUUCCUCCUCUUGGUCGCGGUCGUCAUCUUCUUCAGGCUGCUUACCAGCGGGCUCAACGCGGCAAUUGCGUCACACCGUAUGCUACCCAAAAAGAGAACCGCUGCGACAGGGGAGGAAGGCUCGAGCAAGCAGUCCAAGCGCGUCCGGCCGGGUGAUUCCAGCGCCCUAGCGGCACAGCAGUGCGACCUUGUCAUGGGAGGCGAUGGCGGCGCGGUGGCGGUUCCAUCGGAUGUGGAGAUUGACGAGGAUUUGCACAGCCGGCAGCUCGCCGUCUAUGGCCGCGAAACGAUGCGCCGCUUGUUCGGGGCAAACGUUCUCGUCUCGGGGUUGCAAGGGCUUGGCGUCGAGAUCGCCAAGAACGUGAUCUUGGCGGGGGUGAAAUCCGUGACGAUUCACGACUCCGGGACGGUGGAGCUUUGGGAUCUUUCCUCCCAGUUCUACUUCUCUGAGGCGGACGUGGGGAAGAACAGGGCCUUUGCUUGCGUUGACAAGCUCAAGGAACUAAACAACGCGGUCAAUAUCUCGGUGCUCACCACCGAGCUCACGGAGGAGAUCUUGUCGAACUACCAGGUGGUCGUGUUCACCGAUUCAAGCCUGGAGGAGGCUAUCCGAUUUAACAACUUCUGCCACAACCACAACCCACCGAUUGCUUUCAUCAAGGCAGACAUCAGGGGCAUCUUUGGGAGCGUCUUUUGUGACUUUGGGCCGGACUUCACUGUGGUGGAUGUGGAUGGAGAGGAACCACACACAGGGAUCAUCGCGUCGAUUAGUAAUGACAACCCGGCUGUUGUCUGCUGCGUCGACGACGAGAGGCUGGAGUUUCAGGACGGCGACUUGGUUCUCUUCAACGAAGUGAAGGGAAUGGUGGAGCUAAACGAUGGGCGGCCCAGGAAAAUAAAGAAUGCCCGACCGUAUUCUUUCACUCUGGAGGAGGACACGACUGGUUACUGUGCUUAUGAAGCCGGGGGGAUCGUCACGCAGGUGAAACAGCCAAAGGUUUUGAACUUUAAGACUUUGGAGGAAGCAAUUCAAAACCCGGGGGAUUUUCUUCUGAGCGACUUCUCCAAGUUCGAUAGGCCUCCGCUCUUGCACCUGGCCUUCCGUGCCUUGGAUGCGUUCUGUGCUCAAGAAGGACGUUUUCCCGCUCCAGGAUCCGGGGAGGAUGCACAGGCGCUCAUCGCCAUUGCGAAGCGCUUGAACGACAGUGCGGGAGAUCAGAAGCUCGACAACAUUGACGAGUCUAUUCUUACGAAGUUCGCAAGUGGAUCAAAAGCCGUUUUGAAUCCCAUGGCUGCGAUGUUUGGAGGCAUCGUUGGGCAGGAAGUGUUGAAAGCUUGCUCCGGCAAGUUCCAUCCUUUGUUUCAGUUCUUUUACUUCGAUUCGCUCGAAUCCGUUCCAUCUGAGCCUCUCUCGGCCGAGGACGCUGCUCCUACAGGUGGCCGCUACGAUGCUCAGAUAGCCGUGUUUGGGAGGCAGGUGCAGCAGAAGCUGGAAAAUGCGAAAGUUUUCGUUGUGGGAGCUGGUGCUCUUGGCUGCGAGUUUCUCAAGAAUCUGGCUCUCAUGGGUGUAGCCUGCGGGAGUGGAAAGCUUACAGUUACCGACGACGACGUGAUUGAAAAGAGCAACCUCAGCCGGCAGUUUCUUUUCCGUGACUGGAACAUCGGGCAAGCAAAGUCCACGGUUGCGUCCACGGCUGCUCUGAGCAUCAACUCGUCGCUUAACGCUGAAGCUCUCCAAAACCGUAUCAGCCAGGAUACAGAGAACAUAUUUGACGACGUCUUUUGGGGUGGCUUGGACGUCGUGAUAAAUGCUCUGGACAACGUCAAGGCGAGACUUUACGUGGACUCGAGGGCUGUCUACUUCCAGAAGCCUCUCCUCGAGUCUGGAACCUUGGGGCCCAAGUGCAACACGCAGAUGGUUAUACCGCAUCUAACUGAGAACUACGGGGCGUCCAGAGACCCUCCCGAGAAGCAAGCUCCAAUGUGUACGCUCCACUCGUUCCCCCACAACAUCGACCACUGCUUGACGUGGGCAAGGUCCGAGUUUGAGGGGCUGCUCGAGAAGACACCUUCCGAAGCCAACGCGUUUCUCUCGAAUCCGCAGGAGUACAAGUCGUCAGCAAGGUCCGCUGGGGAUGCUCUGUCCCGAGAGAUGCUCGAGCGCAUUGUUGAGUGCCUUGUCACGGAGAGAUGCCACACGUUUGAGGAUUGCAUCGUCUGGGCGAGGAAAAGGUUCGAGGACUACUUCGUGAACAGAGUCAAGCAGCUCACGUACACGUUUCCAGAGGACUCAACCACAAGCUCCGGAGCUCGGUUCUGGUCUGCACCGAAACGCUUUCCGCGAGCUCUUCAGUUUUCGUCGACCGAUCCUUCUCAUCUUUCUUUCGUAGCAUCGGCGGCCAUCCUCCGGGCUGAAACGUAUGGCAUCCCCAGGCCCGUGUGGGUGCUCAACCCGAAGCAACUUGGUGAAGUCGUCGACAAGAUCAAUCUCCCAGAGUUCAAGCCCAAGCAGGGUGUGAAGAUUGUCACCGAUGAGAAGGCCACCAACUUGACCGCUUCCAGCUUGGACGACGCUGCCGUCAUCGAUCAGCUGAUUAGCACGCUGGACGACGGUACUAAGUCGCUGCCAACGGGAUUUCGCCUCGUUCCUAUCCAAUUUGAGAAGGACGAUGACACAAACUAUCACAUGGAGCUGAUAGCGGCGCUCGCAAACAUGCGAGCGAGAAACUACGAGAUCCCCGAGGUGGACAAGCUCAAGGCCAAGUUCAUAGCCGGGAAGAUCAUUCCAGCCAUCGCGACGACGACGGCACUGGCGACUGGCCUGGUUUGCCUGGAGCUGUACAAGGUGUUCCAGGACAAGGGGGUGGAAGACUACAGGAACACGUUCGCCAACUUGGCCCUGCCGCUCUUCUCCAUGGCCGAGCCGGUUCCUCCCAAGUCGUUCAAGCACGGCGAGCUGGCCUGGUCGAUCUGGGACCGAUGGGUGAUCCAAGGGGACCUCACGCUGACGGAGCUCCUGGAGUGGUUCCAGGCCAAGGGAUUGACAGCCUACAGCAUCUCGUGUGGCCAGAGCCUGCUCUACAACAGCUUGUUUCCGCGGCACAAGGAGCGGCUGGGCAGGAAAGUGUCGGAGCUCGCAAAGGAGGUGGCGAAGCUGGACAUUCCUCCAAACAGGAAGCACUUUGACGUGAUUGUGGCGUGCGAGGACGACGAAGGCGAGGACUGGGACGUGCCACUGGUUUCAAUCUGCUUUAGAUAGAACUCUCGUCCAAACCAAGUUAAGACAUUUAUACUGUUCGAUGGACAACGGAAAAAAUUAAAAAUUAAUAUAGAAGGGUUUCUUCCAUUA